UUCUAACAACAUGGCGCCAGUUUACAGCGGUGCUGCCUUCCAAAGGGAUGCCAAAAACCGCGCCGUAAGAGGAAAAUAUGAUUAUUGAAAGUAACAGUUAACUACAAAAAGGAUAACGGUACCAUAGUUCUUAUAAAUAAUACUUGUGUUCUUUUCAUGUAAAAUUCUGGAAUUUGCGUGCAGCAACAGUUUCUUAGUGACAGGUUGUGCAUGAGCCCACCUGCCGGAGAAACUGUGACGACGGUGGACCAAUAUGAAUCUCCUGAACCUGACAAUAUAGUGGGCGAUAUCCUCCUUUGAUAGAGACCUGCAAUAUUAUGCAUAUUCUUCGACAGCGAGGUAACGCGUAAACGUCUCCGUAGACUCAUUAUAGUGGAAUAAAUAACUUUCUCUUUUAAAAAAAGAAUCUCACUCUGUAAUGAAUGAAGAGAAUUGUGCGCAAUCGGAGGUGGAAAGGGAAAAGCUCCCUCCAAUAUGCCAUACGUCACCAACUAUGGAUUUGGGGCGUGGUGCGAAACAGCCCUUUCCCUCCCUCAGCACGUUCAUCUCCUCCCUUAACCAGCGGAGGGAGACGGGAGGCCGGUUCAGUGUGGGCACAAACCAGUGUCUACCAGGUGGACGACAUGGGAGGGAGCUACCUCCUAUUUGCAGUGAUGUGAGGCAGAAACAGAGGAUCUCCAUCGACACACUUCCCCCCGAGGUGAAGGCCCCGUUCCCCUCUGAACCUGUCAUCCCCCUCCGCACUAAGACCAUCAAAGAGUUCCAGGAAGACAUGGAUCGAGCCACAACCUCAGGGGACUGGAGGGAUGUGAGGGAUUUCUACCUAACCACCUUUGACUCCUUUCUAGAGAUCAAUGCUGCCUUCAAGAGAGAAGCUAACGCCCCAUUUAACACAAUCGAGGAUUCUGGAGUCAACUCAAAAUUUUUGAAUGCUGUUUAUGAUGCUUUACUCUGCACACCCCAAGACAUCCAGAAAUCAGUGUUGAAGGGAAUCAUUAACAGCCUAUUAAGAGAGUGGAAAGGUCCCAGAACGAAAGAUGACCUGAGGGCAUACUUCAUCUUAGUUCAGAACCCUCAGUAUUCCAGCACCAGUACCUAUGUGAUCUAUGCCCACCUACUGAGACAGAUAGCUGGCCUGUCUGAGGCUGACCACCAUUUCCUAGUGCACUGGUUUAAAAAACUGUCUCCAAGGCGUUUCAGGCAGCUGGUGGAGCGUUUUCUUCACUUCAUCUCCACUCGUCUGUUACCUGCUCCUCCUGAUGAACUGCCCCCUCUGACCAGGUGUUCCUGGUGGAUCCCUGCUGCCACCAAGGUCCUCGCCCUCUUCAAUGCAGCUAACAGCAUAUCCACGCCUCCUAUCAUGUCCUUCACGGACUUCUACAACAUCACCUUGGACCACAUCGACAUCAUGGAGCAGUACCGCACCUGGCAGAGCCACGGCAACUCCAACAAGUUCUCUUUCUGCCAGUUCCCAUUUAUCCUGUCAACGGUGGUGAAGAAAGCCAUCAUCCAGAGAGACUCAGAACAGCAGAUGAUAAGCAUGGCCAGACAAAGCCUGGUGAACAAGGUCUCUCGCAGGCAGAGAGUGGACAUGAACCUGUUGUUCCUCAACAUCAAGGUACGACGGGCCCAGCUACUCAGUGACUCAUUGGAUGAGCUGAGCAGGAAGAGAGCAGACCUGAAGAAAAAGCUCAAGGUCACUUUCGUAGGAGAGGCGGGGCUCGACAUGGGCGGCCUCACCAAGGAGUGGUUCCUGCUGCUGGUUCGACAGAUUUUCCACAUUGACUAUGGCAUGUUCACCUACUUGAAGGAUUCCCGUUGUCAUUGGUUCAGCAGCUGGAAAUGUGACAACUACUCAGAGUUCCAAUUGGUCGGGACUCUCAUGGGUCUCGCUGUGUACAACAGCAUUGCUCUGGAUAUCCACUUCCCUCCUUAUUGUUACAAGAAGCUCUUGACUCCACCCAUUGUGCCAUGUGACCAGAAUACUCCCAUCGGCAUGGCAACUGCCACCCUGGGCGACCUGCAGCAGGUCAUGCCGGAUCUGGCUCAUGGGCUUGGAGAGCUGCUCUGCUAUGAGGGCAAUGUGGAAGAAGACUUCUAUCUGACCUUCCAGGUUUUCCAAGAGGAGCUCGGGGUGGUCAGGUCCUAUAACCUGAAACCUGGAGGUGACAAGAUUCCAGUCAACAAACAGAACAGAAAGGAGUAUGUUCAGCUGUAUGCUGGUUUCCUGCUUAAUAAGUCAAUUUACAAGCAGUUUGCAGCCUUCUAUCGUGGCUUCCACAGUGUGUGUGCGUCAGACGCUCUGAUGCUGCUGAGGCCAGAGGAGGUGGAGAUGCUGGUGUGUGGGAGUCCAGAGCUGGACAUGAGCGCCCUACAGAGAGCAGCUCAGUACGAGGGCUACAGCAAAGCUGACCUCACAGUACGCCAGCCAGUGCCCCCUUACAGCUCUGUUUUUGGGAUGUGGUGCUGGAUUUCCCCUUGGAGUUGCAGAAAAAGCUGCUCCACUUCGCCACAGGAAGUGACCGUGUCCCCGUGGGAGGGUUGGCCGACCUCAACUUCAAGAUCGCCAAGAUCGACGUGUCCACUGACUGGUUACCCAUAUCUCACACCUGCUUCAACCAGAUCUGCCUCCCACCUUAUAAAAGCAGGAAGGAACUGAAGCAGAAGUUAACCAUCGCCAUCUCAAACGCAGAGGGCUUUGGCUUAGAGUGACUCAGUCUGCAGCUAUGAGAUUCACAGUAAGAUGAGAGUAGGUGAUUCCUUUCCAAAUGUACUUUAGAAUUACAUUCCUUCAAAAAUAGAAUUUGAUAUAGACUACAUGACCAAAAGUAUGUGGAUUCCUGCUCAUUGAACAUCUCAUUCCAAAAUCAUGGGCAUUAAUAUGGAGUUGGUCCUGCCUUUGCUGCUAUAACAGCCUCCACUCCUCUGGGAAGGCU